AUGAGUGAUUCUGCUGUUAGUGACACUACUAGUAGCUCUUCCAAGUGCUGCAUCUCCCCUUCAGUGGAGGACGCCACAAAGAAGAAGAAGGCGGGCCUCUUUGUCAAAGAUCCAUUGGAAAGCGAUGUCCUUUUCGGCAGAGGAAAGACGACUCUAGAACAUCCCGGCAACAAACGAAUGCACCAAAUUGUGGAUAAACAUGCAAUCACGUAUCACUCACAGCUCAAAACUGGCAAGAAGAAGAUAGCGCAACAUGUUUAUGACGAAGUUAUGAAAGGAGGAAUAAGAUUCCUCAAGAGAGUUGCUGAUCGACCUCAUGGCUGGAUAGUGGUGGACAAUCUGACAGCCAUUAAUAAAAUCAACCACGCGCUUCGAUGUAAGAAGAACGCACAUAAGUUGAUCUCCAAGUCUGAAGACUUGACAAAACGUUUCCAUCUUGAGGACAUUAGUACAAUAUCACCACAACAAUCCCUAUCAUCGAGGACCUCCAAGCAGGGCGGUACGCCCAAUGUAGACAGCACAUCCCCAUUGCAAACGCACUCCGGAGGAGUAGCGUUGCUGCGAGUAGACGAAACUGUAGCUCCUACCGCUCUUCCUCGAGCCUGCUUGAAUCCAAGAGACGGCACCGAGGAGUUGAAGCGAAAUCUCAUUGCGUUGAGAUAUGCUGGCUUGGCCAUCUUGCCAAACAACCAGAACACUGUCAUGUACGACGCACAGCAACAAAGCAAACUCCAGGAACUGCUACUAAGACAAGUAGCAGCACGUCAGCCUGCGCCGAACAGGAAUCAUGGGACUUUGAACCGUCGCGGUUUCCCUUUCUGA